GAUAAAAGAUGUUUGGAAUCGGUUUGUGUUCUGUUCUGCCGACUUGUGGACAAUAUGCGCAAUCAUGUGGAUAAGUUGCGCGAAAUAGCGGGUCAGAAUCAUGCACUGCUCAAAAAUGUGCAGCAGCUGCUCAUCGUACAGCCAUGUGCUGUGGGCCCAAAUACAUUCCAGGCAUUGGUGCGAAUGUUGCGUACGAUGGCCUCAAAAUGUAGCGAUCUGGCUGUAGCACUUAAUUCUGCAAGGCGAUCGUGCACCAUCACUACUAGCAGAGUUUCAGAUUUCGCCCGAACAAUUAAAUUUCUGAUCGUUGGAGCAAAGGAGUGUGAUUCGGCAGCCGUUGAGAUUGCUAAUCGUCCCCCUCAGCAUUUGCAGGAAUUGGUCUAUCUUGCCGGUGAAUUGUUGCCGAGUCUGCCAACAGAUGGUAUAUUCGAAAUAGACAGCGUUAUACUGCGCUCCACAAGUACCUUGAGCGAUGUGCCGACGCCGCACUGGCUCUGGAAAGAUAACUCAAAUCAGUGGGUUGCAUACAGCAAUUUCGACUCACGGGUCCUGGAGAUAGCCUUCAACACCAGUGAAACAGAUAUUAGCCUUCAAAUCAAUGGAAAUAGUGGUCCGGCACUCCGUUAUGAGAGUUUGCGUGUGACACUUCGGAUGAUUUAUCCGGCAGAAGUAAGUAUCUUGAAAAGCAUAUUGGCGACGUUGCCGCUGGCCGGACCUAUUGCUAGUGCGCUGGCGUGCCCACGUGGCAAAGAUCUCUGUGUUGUGGCAUCGGCACUGCAAUUAACCCAUAUACUUCUGAAUAAGUUCCCUGAUAUAUACAUCUCAUUGUUCAGGCGUGAAGGUGUUGCACACGAAAUUGAAAAAUUAUCACGAAUGAAACUGGAAUCGCCGGUCUCACUUCCGCCUGUGCAGUCUUCACCAGCUGUGCUUUCUGCCGAACAGGACGUGGCAGCAAGUUCAAGCCGUACACGUGGCAGUCCAAAAACCCGCACUACAUCCGAACAAGGUGCUGCAGCGACAGCUGCAGCUCCAUCUAUCACAAAGCAGAGUGCAGUAAUAGCUGCGAGGAGUCGUAACAAUACACAAGCAGCUCCUGCUGGUUCGUCUUCGUCAUCUUCAUCGUCGUCCGAAGCUGGGCCCAGCUCAAGCAGCGCUACCAGAGUAAUUGUUUCACCAAGUGGAGGUCGCCAUCGUCGUAAGGCAUCACCAGAGAGGUUGAUAGCGACAUUCGGAGCGAGCCUGAAUAGUAGCAGCGAAUGCUGCAGAGGAAUAAAGCUGGCUGAUAUAUAUAAAAAGCGAAAAAUUGAGAAGGCUCGCGGCAAUCUGUAA